AUGACUACUGCAAACCCGGAAAUAUGGGUAACAUCGAAUUUUAAUCACAAUGGAAUUAUUAACCAAAAUACAAUGUCUAACGGUUUUAAUGAGAGUAACAAUAGUAAUAUAAAUGCAAUGACUCCUAUUACUGGUACUACAACUACUAUUACUACCAUUUCAACCAACAAUAGUAAUAAUAGUAUUAAUGUUAGUAAUAUUAAUACGGUUCUCAUAUCAGAUACAGAUUUGCAAACAUAUUCAAGUACUAAGUUUAUUUGUUCCAGUCCAAAUCGUAACGAACUAAAUCAAAGUAUGAAUAUUCAUUUGAAAAAUAACCAUACACAUAACCCUCCAGUAACAUUGAUCUCCACUGAUCAAAAUUCAAAUAAAUCAGCUGACAAUUCAAAACUAUCUGCCUAUUGUACACAAAAUAAAAGCAGAAAUGAUCCUAAUUUUAUUAAAAUCAAUCUAUUGCGUUGUAAUGAAUGUCAAUCAAUUAUAUUUGAUCAAUAUUAUCAUAGUAUAGAUGAUCUUACAUGGCAUCAAAAUUGUUUAAGAUGUUUUGAUUGUGGAUUUGUGCUCACAGAACGAUGUUACACAAAAGAUGGUCAUUUAUACUGUCGAGAAGAUUUUAUCAAAAAUUUCGGUCCAAAAUGUUCAGCUUGUCACAAACUUAUUCGAAAUGGCGAACUUGUCCGAUUUGCUCGUCAUUAUGUAUAUCAUAUAAACUGUUUUCAAUGCGCAAUUUGUAAGAAACAAUUUACUACAGGUGAUCAAUAUUAUCUUUUAUAUAGUGACAAGUUUUUAAUAUGUCGUGAACAUUACUAUGAAAGUGGCAGUUCAUUAAUACCACAAAUAUCAACAACAAGAACUUCAUCAGAAAUGGAUUUAUUAUCAAUUCUUACGAAUUCUAGUUCUUCUAUCAAAGAUGUUAUGAAAACGGAUCGGAAGUCAGAAUCCCCUAGUACAUUGUCUAAUUCUGUUAACUGUGAGUUAUCAGUCAAUAAUGAUAAUUGUAUACAAAACAUUUAUGACUGUGAAACCAAUACAAAUAUGAAAAAUCAGUUAGAACGGUUGAAAGUUUUCAAGCAAGAUGACAUUUCAGAUCCAAUUAAUCAGAUGAAUUCAUCUUUAUCUGAGGCAUCUAUGUUUUCAUCCACUCAGUCUUUGUCUUCAAUACCAUCACUACUGGUACUAUGUUCCACUCCGUCUUCUACUUCAACGGCAGCAACAACAACUCCUCCAGUAACUUCGGUGAAUAUUAUUUCCAGUCCAAUAAUGAAUACAACAAACGCUUUCAUAUGCCCUAAUCAUAUUGACAGAUGUAACUUAGAUCUAAUGUGUCAGUUAAAAUGA